UGCAGUCAGUACAUGAAGUAUGCUCUGACUGCCAGCAAGGUCUAAUAACCAGGAGAAGGGCAGCCAGCUUCAUUAGCGAGCCUGAGACCGUUCCGGCUGCUUUUCUGGGGAACUGUGCUUUUUGAAUACCGAGAGGGAAUAAUGGAUAAUACCGUUGACGGUUUGGACAAAGCUUCAAUUGCUAACUCGGAUGGACCAGCCCCAGGAUCCCAAACCCCCCCCUUCAAGAGGAAGGGCAAACUCUCCAACAUUGGCAAAAUCUUUAAACCUUGGAAAUGGCGGAAGAAGAAGACUAGUGAAAAAUUCAGAGAAACAUCAGCAGUGUUGGAAAGGAAGAUUUCGACAAGACAAAGCAGAGAGGAGCUGAUAAGAAGGGGAGUGCUGAAGGAAAUGCCUGAGCAAGAUGGUGAUGUAACAGUAAAUUUUGAAACUUCGAACGGACACACCAUAGCCAUUGGUGAGGAAACCAUACAGGAAGAAAAUGUGGUAAAAGCCAGUGGAAAUAAUGGCACUUUAUCAGAGAAAGUAUCAGCAUCAGAAGAAAAAAAAGAAGAUCAGAAAGAGAGCACUGGUCACUGCCCAGAAAUACCGACAUCCCAUGCUCCACCACUACCUAAGCCUAAGCCUAAACCUAAAAAAGCUCCGCUACCACCAAAAAAUGCCAUUGCUGCUUCCACCACCACCAGCCAUAAAGGUAACGAAGCACCUCAUGCUAAAAAAAAGGGAAAGGCUCCUGCUAAGCAGCCUCCUCUCCCGCCGCCCAAGCCAACAGGUGCCAGUGCAAAUCGAGAAGCUGCUGGUUCCUCUCAUGCAAAAAAACUACCAGUCUCCAAGUCUUCUUCAUCACCAUCUCCUUCAUCCACAUCAUCUCAUCCCAAAGCCUCCAAGGAGACUUCCAGCAAAUCUGGCACAUCAGGGACUCCCAGGGGCAAGAAAAAACCCGGGAAGCAGUCAGCCCCACGAACAGCACCAGAUGGGGCUGAUUCUUCCCCCUCAGGUGCGACGGCCGACAGUUUGGAAGCGAAGGCAGAAGAACACAAGCCUGAGCAAACGUCUGUAGUAAUUUUUGAAGUGGAGAAUGAGGACCAGUCGAGCAAGCUUGUCGUGCCCCCUCCUCCCACCGCUGCCCCUCCUCCACCUCCACUUCCACCUCCUUUUCCUGCGGCAGCUAGUCAGCCUGCUGGCUCCUCAGAUGCUCCAGAUGUGUCAGACAGAUGUGUGGCAGGGCCACGCAGCCCUGGGUCGGACACAAAGCCUCCUGUCCAGACUGAGCGUGGCACAGACAGGAGUCUGAGCAGUGCAGCCCCAGGCAGCGCUCCAGAUGCCGGAGGAGAAGACACGGAAAGCUUGGCUACCAAAGAAGACCAAGAAGGGGAGGCUCCAGAUGAAGCAUUGUCUGAACUAGUGGAGGAGGCUUCUGAUGCUGCUGCUCCUCCUGAGUGUGAAAGUAGCAGAGAGAGCCAUGGCAGUGACUCGGACUCGGACGGGCCGAUCCUGUACACAGAUGAUGACGAUGAUGAUGAUGACGAGAAUGCAAGUACUGAAAGCUCUUUGGCGAGUAAAAUCCGUCGUAGAGAUACUCUUGCUAUCAAACUUGGCAACAGACCAUCUAAGAAAGAGUUAGAAGACAAAAACAUCUUGCAGCGAACAUCCGAAGAGGAGAGGCAGGAAAUCAGACAUCAGAUUGGAACGAAGCUAGUGAGGAGACUUAGCCAGAGGCCCACAACUGAAGAGCUGGAGCAAAGAAAUAUCCUGAAGCAGAAGAAUGAAGAAGAGGAACAGGAAGCCAAAAGAGAAAUAAAACGUAGACUCAGUAGAAAGCUCAGUCUGAGGCCUACAGUGGCUGAACUUCAAGCAAGAAGAAUCCUUCGAUUUAACGAGUACGUGGAGGUCACGGAAUCUCCGGAUUAUGACCGUCGUGCUGACAAGCCUUGGGCCAGGUUAACUCCAGCAGACAAGGCAGCAAUACGGAAAGAACUGAAUGAAUUUAAAAGCACAGAAAUGGAAGUACAUGAGGAAAGUCGGCAAUUUACCAGGUUUCAUCGUCCAUAACUGUUUGACCACAUCCCAUAAUUGAAGUAACAAUUUUCUUUGGGGAAAUCAUUGCGUCCUGAAGACCUGAAAUUGCACUGGAACUUGAUUAUGAGUGUGUGCUACAGCUUACCCUGAGGCUAAUGAAGAAAGUGGCCCUCGUCUUUGUCAAUGGACAAAUCAUUAGUCUGGGAGGAGAACCCACAGGAAGCGUUUGUCCGUGUCCAGACAGACCACGGUUCUGUGGCCAGCCCACACAGACAAGCCAGUGGACUUCUCUGUCGGAGCUCCACAAGUCAGGAAGUGCUGAAGACAAUCGCUGGAGAGCCUGCUGCCAGGAUCUCAUCCGGCUUCAUGGGGUUGGGACUGAGGGUAACAGAGAGGGAGGGGGGGAGACAAAAGAACUGAGAGCUGGGAGAAAAGAGACUUUGUUUGUCAGUCCACAGAGAAAAGUGGAGUGGAUGGGACUGCUCAACAAUGCACUUGGCCAGUGGGAAGAAUUAUUUUUUAAAAAAAACCUGAGAGUGUAAGCAACUGUGCAUGUAGGUUUUUUUAGUGGCUGCAGCCUGUCUUAAAAAGAUAGCAAGCCAUAAGUUCUCAUGUCAUCAGUACUUUAGGAAGAACUAUAAUUUUCUUUGGUGCCAGUAAAUACAGUUGCCAGAAAUUAGUCUUAGUAUAACUCAACCGUCUUUUUUUAAAUCCCAGUGCACAUGCUUCAGGAAAACGCACGGAACAUUCAUACAGAACAAGUAAUAUAUUUUUUGGUUUUUUAAUGUUAACAUACUCUGGAUCCUCAGAAAUACAAAAACAGGAUUUGAAGGACAAAUAGUGUGACACUAUGAAUGCAAUGAAAUGCAUUGUGCUUAGAAACACUCCUUGCUGUCUGUCGCUUGCCAUUCAAACCAGAGGGAUCAUUAUCUUUGUCAUCCAUGGCAGGCAGUGGUGACAACUUUGACAUCAUGCUGGUGUGAAUCCAAAGUCAGAAUUGAAAUUAGGCACAGAAGUCUUUAUUAAUAGGCCUGAGCAGUGAUUACUAAUGUAACUUUUUACAUUUAAGGAUUCUUGCACUGCUUUGAGGAAGAACUCCCAGAUGAAUCAGUAUGUCUUCAGCUAGUGGUCCUUUAAAAGUGAAAGAAAAAUCCUUGGAGUGUCUCCAGCCUGCUUUUGUUGAGUGUGAAGAAUGCUUCUUAGAUUCAUAAUUUUUUAUACUAUCUUGAAAUUGUACAUGUGAAUGCAGUACUAUUAAAAUUAACUGGUAUGGAGUGUGAAAGGCAAUACUUGGUUUUUCUAAGUUGGCCCAAAGGCCUAUUAAAAAGCCUGUGGCAUUGUUUACACUAAGAAAUUCUCUGUCUUAUAUUAGCACUUAUUUAUCCUUUGAAUUAGUGUACACAACAUUGAGGGGGGAGGGGUCUGGAAUUCACAUAUGCAUACAUUUAAUGCAGUAUUACAAUAUAUUUGCUAUUUAUCCUUUCUAAUGUGUGUACAUAUUACAAUUUAUUUUUGUCUUUUAUGUGUCCUGUCCAGUUUUUAAUUAUGAAGUGUAAGUAUUUCUUUUUCUGGCAAUAAAAGGUCUGUGUAGAUGUGAUUUUUACCUCAGAACCUGUGAUAGAUUCUUGUGGAAUGUGUUUAGUUUAUAAAAUUGAAGGUUGUUGUUAGAGAUGUCAGCCUCAAGGCAGGAAGGCAAUUUGGUGGCUAAAAUUAGAUAUCCCUCUUUAGAACUAUUUACAACAAGACCAGGUUUGCAUAAAUGAGGUGGAUUAUUUUAAUGAAGAGCACUUCUAGUAACAGCAGAGUGCUUUCCAACAGCCAUCACUCUCCACCACUCUAUGAUUUUUAAAGACAUUGGCAAACCUUUUUUAAAAAAGGUAAGAUUUUAAUGACUGUUACGAUCCAUUAUACUUUGGUAAAAAUCUAAUGAUGUACAAGCCACAAAACAUCAAUAACCAAAUUAAAAAAAAGCCAUCUACAUGCUUGUAGCAAAGAAAAGGAAGCAGCACCUUCCUUUUUUAAUGGAAUCAAUAAGAACCAUUACGAUUUCAUUUGCAGAAAAUAAGCUUCUGGAAAGCCCAUCAUUUUAUAAAUAUAGAAGCACCACUUUGACAUCAAGGAAGCAGUGAAAAUGUAUUCUUUGGCACUAAAGCAUACAGGAAUUAGCAGGGCAUUAGAGCUAAGAUUUGUCAGCAAUUCUGAUAGAAUGCUAAUUUUUAUUUUUAGAAUUUGAAGAGUAAACUUUAAAGUUACACUAGAAUAGUUCUGCUUAAACCUUUUUUUUUGCUGAUGUUGAUGUUGCCAAAUUUAGGAAUGUGUGUCCAAAGUCAUAUAAAGGUCUACUAUGUUGACUUUGAAGUAUAAAACACAGCAUUUCACUUCAAAGGAAAUGAGUGGUGCCAUUAAAUAGAUCUCAGUGUUGCCUUAAUCACAUUGAAACACUUGAAAGCAGCCAAAAUACUGAAGACAGAAAGACAGCUGUUGCACAGGCAGAAUAACUUGGACAAAGGUAAGGUCAGACUAUAAAUAUUUUAUAUAAGACAGUAGCUCCACCACCAUGCUAAGGUACACACAGUUUACACAAGCAAACUCAAACUUGUUAAACUCUUAGGAUGAAGUGAAAAAAUUGGCUUUGCAAGAAGACAUUCCUCUAUACUAGGCCUGGACCAUGGAUGGAAAGUCAUGUGCCAACAUUUUGUUUUAAGAGUAAUAACACAAAGAUAAGGAUACAACUUCUGACUCAGACUCCUUCAAGCUUAAGUUAUGUCAUAAGAAAUAAAGAUACAGAGGUGAGGUAUCACUAAGGCUUUCCCUAUCCUCCUUCUGGGGUUGGAGGAGAUUUUUGUAAAACAUUCCCUCCAAGCCAUUGUGGGAUGCAGGACACUAGUCUUGGUAGAGAUGCUGAGUUAAUAUUUAAUUUCUUACUAUUUUGAUAAUAAUCAGAUGCAUUGUUUGGCCCACAGUUCAGCAAACUAAUUAAGCACAUUUAUGUAACUGGACAAAAAGAAUUGCCUUUAUUGGAACUUAGGUAAAAUCAUAUGUAGUAUAUUUGCAGAAUUAGAACUACAAACUAUCCAUAGUAUAUUGUAUCCAAACAGAGACACAGAACUGUAUAUACUGUUUUUAUAUUCUAAGUAUCACCUGGCAGAAAAACAACAGCUGUAAAGUGUUGUCCAUGCAAUAAAAAAUAACAAGAAUUUGGUAUGUCACCAUGUUCGGUGAAGCAAGUUUGGUUCGAGAAGCUUGAAGUCAAUUUCUGCUACCUCUCCUAGUCCUCUGUAUUGAUAAUUUCAAAUGUUUUCCAGUUGCAUCAACAACCCAUUGGAAAUAUUACACCAUGUACCUGUUAUGCAUGCCUGCUAGAAGGGAAAAAUCGGCUUAAGUCCUGAGAAAUUCAUGACUGAGUAAUGCUAGAGUUAAAAAUACGUUAAACAGGCAAAGAAAAAAUAGCCGUUUUCGUGCAAACUAUAGUACAGUCCAGUUGGCUAAGAGGGAACAGUAUGAUAAUUUUUAUCAAGUUGGACAAAUCAUUUAAAUGUCAUCCUCAAUACAUGACAAACCUUACACAUAUAGCACCUAUUUUUCACAGAGUUAGGUAUGUCUACAUCCACAGAAAGAGAAAAUGAGAAACUUGAACUAGUGGUUUCUGAAAUUAUCUCAUACAUAAUAUUUAUCAGUUUAAUCAUACAUCAAAGCAUGUUCCUGUGGGUGCAAAAGAAUGGAUUCUUAAUCAAAUCCUAAUUUCUUCUUCACAUAAAAAAUUGAAAUGCUUCUAGAGUGUCUUGUCUCUCUCUUCUUUCAGGUAAUACAUACUGGUCUUUAUAACUCAAAUACAGUCUAUAUGAAUUUUGGGUUUUUUUUGAAUUGCGCUAUAUAUGUUAACAAGUACAAAAAAAAAUUAAACUAAAUGCUAAUGAUUAUUUAAACUAAAUACCAUUUCAACUGGUGAUUUGAAACAUGGUAGGACCAUAAACAACAUCUCUUCAAAAUCAUUGUAAGUAUUCAAGGCCAUUUGUAGUUCUACAAGACUGCAGGUAUUUGUUGGGUUUCUCAUUACCUACCUACAGUUGUGCAUGUCCCUUGUUGAGGUGGACUUUACCAACCCCUGAUGUGGUGUGGGGCAGGACAGCCCCACCAUCUGCUUUGGCCACGCUGAGCACCUCUUAGAGAAGCACCACAACCUCAGUGUUGACAUGGAAAACACACAUCAGAUGAGCACCCAUUUUUUAACUUCAAAGCCAGAUGAAAGCUGUGAAACAAAGGGAUGAAGUAUCCCUGAUGUUAUAGAAAUUACACCCCUCCUUCCAGGUGAAAUCAGUGCUUGGUUUCCUGCAGAGAUGCUUCAAACUCAGACCUGUAACUACAGCUGCAUGAGAGAAUUUGUUUCAAAUUAACAGUCACUUAACCUGAUUAUUAACUCCAUCUGAGCCCCAAUUUUUUAUCAUCAUAAAGUGCAAGAAGAGCCAGCCAGCAACAGACUAAAAACAUCUAAUCCAGUCUGGUAGCCUGGGAAUCAACCAAAACUCCCUGACUGUCUGCAGCUGGCAGGGCUUGGAGUCAGGGUUGGGAGAGCCACACUGUCACCCCAGGUACCUGGCAGGACGGGCCUGUGUGAGCUCUGCUGACGUCCAGAAUAUUAGACCCAUGUCUUAAUGUCUGUUAAUGCUUUAAUGAUAAAGCAAACCAAGCUAAAAGCCUACAUUUGCAUGAGACUGUUGGGUACAGAUGAACCAUGUGCUUAACACUCUCACGUCCUCUGGUUUUAAUGAUCUUCAGGAGUUAAGACCUCUGCCAUAGUUGUAAACUAAACUGAAAACACUCAGGGUUAAAAAAAAAAAAAAAAAAAAAAAACA